CAGCCGCCAGCCCCCUGCUCUGCACUCCAGUUGCCAGCCCCCUGCCCUGCAAUCCUGUCGCCUGGCUCCAGUCCUGUAUUCCCUGUAUUGCCUUUCCUGACCUCCAGUCUCGUCGCCGACCUCCAGAGCAGCCCUGCCUUGGUCGCCAACCACCAGAAGGGUCCUGCUUACGUCGUCUACCUCCAGAGCGGCUCUGCCUGUCUGGUCAUCCUCCUGCCUAUCCUCCAGAGUGGCUUGGCCUGUCUGGUUGUCCUCCAGCCCAUCCUCCAGAGCUGCUCCUCCUGUCUGGUCGUCUUCCUGCCUGUCCUCCAGAGCGGCUGCGGCUGUCUAAUCAUCCUCCUGUAUGGCUCCAUCUGCAUUGCCAACAUCCAGGCCAUCAUCCAGACCUGCUCCCGCCCUUUGUCUCAUUUGGGUCCAAUCCCCAUUGCCCUGCAUAACCCACCAUGACAUGCCCUGAUGUCUCAUCUAGUCCCAUCCUCAGGCAGCUCCACACCCCUACAAACCUCAUCCUCCUCUCACUGGCUGUCUCAGACUUCCUUGUUGGCCUCUGGCUGAUGCCGCUUCAUAUCCCCCUUUUUGGAGGCUGCUGGUUUUUGGGGAGCUUGAUAUGUGGACUAUAUUACUACACCUCUUUUAUCCUUACAUCUGCCUCAGUAGGAAACAUGGUGCUCAUAUCAGUUGACAGAUAUGUGGCCAUUUGUGACCCUUUGUGUUACCCCACCAAAGUCACUCAAAAUAGAGUUAAAAUCUGUGUUUGUCUGUGUUGGGUAUGUUCUGUGUUCUAUAAUGGUGUGAUACAGAUUGAUUUCCUGAAACGUCCAGAUAGAUAUAAUUCCUGCUAUGGAGAGUGUGUAGUUGUAAUUAACUUCAUAACAGGAGCUGUGGAUGUCAUGUUGACCUUUUUUGGCCCCAUUGCUGUCAUCAUAGUUCUGUAUAUGAGAGUAUUCGUGGUGGCUGUGUCUCAGGCUCGAGCCAUGAGGUCUCAAAUUGCAGCUGUUUCACUCCAGGGCUCAGUUAGUGUAACUGCUAUGAAGUCUGAGAGAAAAGCAGCCAGAACUCUUAGUGUUAUUGUGGUUGUAUUUCUAAUAUGCUUCUGUCCUUAUUUUUAUCCCUCUCUUGCGGGCCAGGACACAUCAAACAGUGUGGCAUUUUCAAUUUUUGGGAUCUGGCUACUUUAUUGUAACUCCUGUAUAAAUCCAGUGGUCUAUGCUUUUUUCUACCCCUGGUUUAGGAGAUCUAUUAAACUAAUUGUUACACUUCAAAUACUGCAGCCUGACUCCUGUGAUGCCAACAUAUUGUAAAGAUGUCUGUAAUAUGACUAAAAUGACAGAAAAGUUUGAUGUUGCUACUUCACCAGUCAACUAAGUGCUCAAGGAACAAAGGACAAAAUGUCAAAAAACAGCUUGGCAACACUGACUGACUGAAGAGUCUGCUCUUUAUUAAGCUGAGUUUUAGCACAGAACCUUUGUCGAGGUUUUUUACCCAGUAAAUAAAGAGCAGAUUCUUCCAGCAUAUCAUCACCAAGUUGUUUUUCACGAGAGAGAGUUAUUUUUUCUAUGAAAGUGGAUAUAGUGUUCAUGUCUUUGGGUCACUGAAUUCAACAACCUUAAAUUAGCUGGAUUGGAACAGGAAAAUAUUUUUAGCUAAAAAAAACCUGAAGUUGGAUGUGAACAUUAUUAUGACUCAUAAUUUAUUCUGAUUAUGUGAACUAAUCUACAUGAAGAAUAGAAAAUUGUUUACUUUUCAUGUUGCUGAAGUUGCUUGCCUGGUUUUCAGACAUGACUAACACAUUUUAGGAGUGACUAAUGCAAGCAUUGCAAACAGAAAUAAAUGUCCAACAAAGA